CUUUUUCUCUCACCUACUUCCUCAAACCACCUUCUAUAUUUCUACUUUCUUCUUCCUUCAGCACCGAACUCUUUGAACUCUCUGAAUUCUUCGGUUGGAUCGGAAAAUGGCGAGUGGAGAUGAAUUCAAAGUUCCCAGAAUCAAACUGGGUUCCCAAGGGCUCCAAGUUUCAGCUCAAGGCCUGGGAUGCAUGGGUAUGUCAGCUUUCUACGGCCCGCCCAAACCCGAACCCGAAAUGAUCGAGCUCAUCCAUUACGCCAUUGACAGAGGGAUCACCCAUCUUGACACCGCCGAGAUGUACGGACCUUACACCAACGAGAUUCUUCUCGGAAAGGCUUUGCAGGGAGGGCUAAGAGAAAAAGUGGAAGUUGCAACAAAGUUUGGGGUCAGACUUGUUGAUGGCAAGCGAGAGGUUUGUGGCGAUCCAGAGUAUGUGCGGGCUGCAUGUGAAGGCAGCUUGAAGCGGCUAGGGGUGGACUGUAUUGAUCUUUACUAUCAACAUCGUAUUGACACGCGCUUGCCUAUUGAAGUCACAAUAGGAGAACUUAAAAAGCUGGUCGAAGAGGGUAAAAUAAAGUAUAUAGGUUUGUCCGAGGCCUCGGCUUCAACAAUUAGAAGAGCACAUGCUGUUCAUCCAGUAACAGCAGUACAGUUGGAGUGGUCCUUGUGGUCGAGAGAUGUGGAGGAAGAAAUCAUUCCCACUUGCAGAGAACUUGGAAUAGGCAUUGUUGCUUACAGUCCACUCGGACGAGGGUUCUUUUCAACUGGUCCGAAAUUACUUGAGAAUUUAGCUGAGGGUGACUUCCGAAAGUAUUUGCCUCGGCUUCAAUCAGAAAAUAUGGAGCAUAACAAGAAGUUGUUUGACCGCGUGAAUGCCAUGGCUGCAAAAAAGGGAUGUACCCCAUCGCAGCUAGCGCUUGCCUGGGUUCACCAUCAAGGAAGUGAUGUUUGUCCGAUACCUGGUACUACCAAGAUUGAGAACCUCAAGCAAAAUAUCGGAGCUUUGUCCGUAAAACUUUCAGCGGAAGACAUGGCUGAACUGGAAUCCAUUGCUUCAGCUGAUGCAGUCAAAGGUGAUAGAUACGGCCCUGGCGCUAGUACCUGGCAAACUUCCGAUACUCCUCUUUUGUCAACAUGGAAAGGUACAUGAAUGUAGGGUUUCUCCAGUCGUGGUUUUUAGCUAUCACCUGUGCAUCAUGUGCUGGAGCUCUUUGUGUUUAAAGUAUGCAGAAUAAAAAUGUGGUACCUUUUCGUUCAUUGAAAUGAUGAUAGAGAUAACAGAUAUUGCUGUAAAACAGCUGAAUAAAGAGUGGAUUGGUUGAUAUUGUGGUUGUAUAAAAAGCAUUUUUGUUAAGCAAAUUCAAACACACAAGGACAGAACCUCGGAUGUUGUCAUUCGUCAAGCUACCUUCUAUUGGAAAAACUGGUUCAUUGAACUCAUGAGUCAUGACCUCCGUUUUUUUAUUUAUUUUUUUUCUGAGUUUUAAUUUAGAUUUUAUGUCUAUUACUAGUUUAUAUCUGAGUUUUGAGUUUCGCAAAGUCGUGGAGUAAAAGAUCCCUUCAAUGUUGAACCUUUUCGCGAAAUCAUUGUGUUAAAGAACCAUACUAUGCUGUACCAUUUUUAACCAUACUAUGUGCGAGGUUAACUAGACAUAAUCAUAGUUACGCCAGCAAAUCACUUGCUAGACUCGUUGGACUUUAAAUCUAACUAGACAUAAUCUUGCUUGCGCGUAUGGUUUUCAAAUUUUAUACCCGGAAGAAAAAAAAAAUUAGUGAACCCAGAAAAUAUUACUCC